AUGUGUGUGGAAAGGCCUUUAGUCGAAAAGCAAGGUGUACGGUUCAUCAGACCCUUCGUACUGGAGAGAAACCAGAAACCAUAUAAAUGUGAUGUGUGUGGAAAGACCUUUACUCGCAAAGAAAGCCAUGUACUUCAUCAGACCCUUCAUACUGGAGAGAAACCAUAUAUAUGUGAUGUAUGUGGCCAUGGCUAUACUCAAAAGUCAAUACUUGUAAUUCAUUGGAGAAUGCAUACUGGAGAAAAACCAUAUAAAUGUGAUCUAUGUGGCAAGGCCUUUACUUUAAAUUCAAGGCUUGUAGUUCAUCGGAGAGUACAUACUGGAGAGAAACCAUAUAAAUGUGAUCUGUGUGGCAAGGCCUUUAGACUAAAUUCAAAGCUUGUAGUUCAUCAGAGAGCACAGACUGGAGAGAGACCAUAUAAAUGUGAUCUGUGUGGAAAGGCCUUUAGUCAAAAAGCAAGGUGUACAGUUCAUCAGACCCUUCAUACUGGAGAGAAACCAUAUACAUGUGAAGUAUGUGGCUGUGGCUAUACUCAAAAGUCAAAACUUGUAAUUCAUUGGAGAAUUCAUACUGGAGAGAAGCCAUAUAAAUGUGAUGUAUAUGGCAAGGCCUUUAGUGUAAAUGCAAGGCUUGUACUUCAUCAGAGAGUUCAUACUGGAGAGAAACCAUAUAAAUGUGAUGUGUGUGGCAAGGCCUUUAGUGUAAAUGCAAGGCUUGUAGUUCAUUGGAGAGUUCAUACUGGAGAGAAACCAUAUAAAUGUGAUAUGUGUGGAAAGGCCUUUAGUCGAAGUUCAGGCCUUGUAGUUCAUCGGAGAGUUCAUACUGGUGAGAAACCAUGUAAAUGUGAUGUAUGUGGACAGGCCUUUAGUCAAAAUUCAAACCUUGCAUUUCAUCAGAGAAUUCAUACUGGAGAGAAACCUUACAAGUAAAACAAUUGGGACAAACAUUUUAGUGCACAGUCAUCCUUAAAUUGCCAUCAGGCAGUUCAUACAGGAGGAAAAGUGUAGAAAGGUUAUUUAUGUGGCAAAGUCUUCAGUUCCAGGUCUCUGCAGUUCAUUGGAAACACAUUGGAGAGAAACCAUAUAAAUAAUGAUCUAUGUGGCAAGGCCUUUAGUCAAACAGCAAACCUUGCAUUUCAUCAGAGAAUUCAUACUGGAGAGAAACCAUGUAAAUGUGAUCUCAGUGGCAAGGCCUUUAAAUGCAAACCUUGCAGUUCGUUGGAGAAUUCAUACUGGAGAGAAACCUUACAAAUGUAACCAUUCUGACAAACGUUUUACUGCACAGCUAGCCUCACCAUCAUGCAGUUCAUACAGGAUAGACAGCAUAGAAAUGUGAUGUAUGUGGGCAGUGCUCAAAAUGACCAUCUGAGAAAUCAGAUAAUUCAUAGUGGAGAAAAAUGUUACAAAUACAACAAUUAUGAGAAACAUUUUAGUGCAGAUGUAAUGAGUGUAGCAAAGCAUUUAGUCAGAGUUCAGGCCUUAUAAUUAACCAAAGAAUUCAUACUGUAUAGAAACCAUACAAAUGAAAGAAAUACGGUAAAGCUUCUAGUUCAUGUUCAGCCUCAGCUGACCGUUGGGCAGCUCAUACAGGAGGGAAACCACGUAAGUGGAAUUUGUAUGACAAACCCUUCAGUCAUAAAGUAUAUCAACUUUUUGACCCUCAGAAAAGUCAAAAGAGAGGAAACCUCAUGAAUGUGGUAGGUGGGACAAAGCUUUGGUUCUGUGUUCAGACAUAACUAACCAUCACGUAAUUAAUUCUGAAUGGAAAUCUUACCCACAUGGUGAAUGUGGUAAGUCUUUUGGAAGCCAUUCAGUUAUUUACAAAACAUGAGAAAAUUCAUACUGGUGAGAAUCCAUACAUUUAGAGCAUUCUGUCCCUCCAAUCUUUGGAGGAAAUCAUGUAAAUAUACUGUGUGUGGUCAGGGCUUCAAUAACAGGUCUCAUCUUUCCCAUCAGCAGAGAAUUCAUAAUGCAGAGACACAAAUGUAAGAGUGUGGCAAAUCCUUCAGGUGGCAUUCAGGCCUCAAAAGACAUCAGGUGAUGGACUGGAGAGACCAUCCGAAUGCAAUCAGUAUGUCCAGGCUUUUGUCAGGUGUUUACACCUUAGGCUUCUUGAGAAUAUUCACACUGGAUAGAAAUUAUGUCAAUGUAAUGAGUGUGUCAGGGCUUUUAGACAAUAAUCCUAAGUCAGGAUUCAGUAAAGAAGUCAUUCUGGAGAGAAAGCUUACAAAUGACAUGAGUGUGUAAAACCUUUACUUGGGCUCAUAUUGCACUAGUCCUCAGAUGAUCCAUACUAGAGAGAACUUUACCAGUGUGCAGAAUAUGGCAAGACCUUUAGGUACUGCCUUAAACUCAGGAUUCACAACAUACUUUAUACUUUGGCAGUUUUAUACUUUAGUUUAUGCUUUCUGGAAGUUUUCACAGUUACUGCUCACUCUUUAGGUGUGUAAGAAUAUAUAUCCUGGAGUUACACCACACAAAUGUAAUAUUUGCGGGAAGGAUUUUACCAAACAUCCAAGUUUGGGAACAUUCUGGAGCAAUGCUCAAAUGCAAUGGGAGUGGGAAAAUUUUCACCUUGAGUUGAAGUGUUAGACAGGACUCCAUAGUGAAGGGGAGUCUUGGAAAUGGACAGGCAAGGGCUUUCUGGAGGGUUCAGAGUACACUAGACUUCAGAAUAUAUGUCUUUCCAAGAAACCAUACAAAAGUAAUGUGCACACUGAAGCUUUAACUCAAAAGAUCAAAACUGUGGAACGUGAGAGGAUAUAUAUGGAGAGCAGACUUGGACAGAUAAUGAAUGUUGUGUAGUCUGCUCCAUGAACUAUUCACACCGUGGGCAUAAUGAAGUGAUUCAUGUGUGUCAGAAACUGUACACUAUAACAAAUUUGGAAAUGUGUUUAAGAAAACAUUUCUUCAAGAUUUCCCCCCACCCCAAAACUUCAUAUUGGAGAGAAUCCUUACAAUUGUAAUGACUUUGGCCAUCUUUUGUGACAGUUCUUACAGCAGAUCAUAGAAGAGAGAAUUCA